AUGAUUGAAUAUCUCUAUAACGGUUUGAAGUUCUAUUAAGUCCAUAAAAUCACGGGAAAACGUAAUGAAAAAAGUUUUUAUUGUCGAAAAUCAAAUCUGAUUUCGAUUCUGAACAAGAUUCUGCGUGAAAAAACGGUCGAAGCACAAAGUGCGUCAUGGUGUCGCGGCUUAAAUGGAUACCGUAUGCCUAGAAAUAAGAAAUUUUUUCUUUGACUUUUUUUUUUGAAAUCUUUGUAUUUCAAAUUGCUCGUUUGUCAAAAAACUUGAAAAUCAGAGAACUUUUCUAUAAUAAGGUGCCAAAAAGGUCACAAUAAGCUUCUUAGUCCAAUUUUGUGUCAAGAUCACUACAAUGCCUUUUUCUCACUAUGAAAAGGCUAUCAAACUGUUCCAAGUCUGAUUUUGUUCACUGCCGGAAGUAUAGGUACAUGGCAUUCUGCUGAGCUAGUUUCCGACCGCAACGCGACCGCGCCGCUUCUACCCAUUCCAAAUUCACUUCCUCCCCUACAGUGCCGCGUCCAAUGGAAAAAAGGUGGGCGGAGCCUGUCGGGCGGUUCGUCAUCUCCAACCACCACCAACACCGGCAUGUAUGGAAAAGGGAGAGGCGGAACACGUCGGAAGGAAGAAAAGUGGGCGGAGCCUGGCCUGUGCAGUGGUGGGCAGCGGCUCGGUUGAUUAGGCACGUCGUCGGCUGCUGAGAGGCGCCAUGGAGCAACUUUGGCGCUCCAGUUAUUACCCGUACCCGGGUCAUGCACUUCCAGUCGGCUCCGCCGUUUUCCCAGCAGGUUCUUUUGCUUUUUGUCGUUUCUGAACUUUUGUUUGAAAGUUUCUUUUGAGAGAAAGUAGAGAAAAAUGAGCUGGAUUUUGAAAUUUUUAAUAGUUCUAGGGGGCUCAGAAAGCUUGAUGAGUUGUUCCAAAAAUGAAAAUCACUACAAAACAAAUUUAGGCCGUUAUUAAAUCCGCCUAUUCCAAAAGUAACGGCAAGCUUUUUUUUUCAUCAAAAUUUACCAGAUUUCAAGUUUGAAUUUGUGGAUAACUAUUCUGAUCUACGUUCUGAAAGGGGGAAUUAGAAAAAACUAUACAAGAAAAUAAUUGGAACUAAAUUCCAAAUGAAACUCAUUUUUCUGGGCUCAACUCCCCAAUAGUGAGUUCAUGCUAACCUUAUCCAGCUUCAAAAAAUCAAAAAAGCCCACAUUUUCGAACCUUUUGCUUCAAUUUCCCCAAAUUUCAAGGCUUGACAAGCUUUUUAGAACGGAUAGUGCAUUCAUCACUGUUAUAAGGCUUAUAAUCUUUGAACUCCAAACUUUAAACUGUUAUCAAUAUCCUCAUAUUGAUUUUUUAAGAAACCUCAAGUUUCAGACAGCGGCCACACGGGCGGUCAACCAACUCGGCGGCGUUUUCGUCAACGGCCGGCCCCUUCCGGAUAAUAUUCGGAGUCGGAUAGUUCAGAUGGCUCAUCAGGGCGUUCGGCCGUGCGACAUUUCUAGGCAACUUAGGUUAUUUUGGGCUCUUCGAUAAUUUUUAUCUAACUUUUCCUUCUGAAACUAGUUUCUUAAUAAUUUAAUGUCCAGUAAUGAGUUUUUGUAGGGAAACUUGUUGAUUUCAAUCUUUUUCACAAGAAAUUGGACAAAUUGGACAUGAUUCACGGACUGUAAAUUCAUCAUUCAUUCCUCUGAGGACUCGAAAACGGUAGUAAAAUCAAAAAUCCUAAUUUGAAAGCUGUGACUCAUCUUUUUUCGCUGCGCCCGACCUUUGUGACUCCGUCAGAAGCGAAAUGUAGCCGUCAAAAAGAGCUCUAGAGAAACGUUCCGAAAAAAACCACAGAAAUAGCGGUUCUGAAAAAAAAGGAGUUGAAAUUUUAUUGUGAUCAUGUUCUGCGACGGUUAUGAACGGACCGUUAAAAUUUUCAUAUUCGGCUCGUUGUUCGUCAGAAAACCUAAAAAUCUUUAUCAGAUCAAUAGUAUAAAAACAGAAGUUUAGUUUUCGGAGCCAAAAAUUAUUUUUUCGGAUCAUUUUUUUCGAAAGUGGCUAUGAUAGGAAUAUCCAGAAAUCCUUCACUUUUUAAAAAAAGAUGUUCAUUUUCAGGGUGAGCCACGGGUGUGUUUCCAAAAUCCUCGGACGGUACUAUGAAACGGGUUCAGUAAAACCAGGUAAUCCAUAAAUUAUUGAUUUUGCCAUAAAUUUUUUAGUCGAGAGAAAGAUUUUCUAUUUCCUGAGAAAAUUAGAGAGAUAGUGUGCAAAAAAGAGAGAGUUUCACAGUAACCUACGCUUAUUUCCUGAAAAGCUAGGAUGAAUAGACUACAUUUCAUUCGUUCGAAACCUUCAAAUUUUCCAAAAUUUCCGGCGGUGCCCUCGAUCCGAGGAGGCAAAACACACAGACAUUCGAAAAUGGAAGGAAAAUGUGCCGACGGCCGAAUCAAGGCCGCCGCCGGGGGGUUACGGUGGCUAAAAGUCGCCCCAUUGACAACUUUGUUGCGUGUAGGCCUUCUAUGAAUCCUCGAUUCACUGCUAGCUUGUCACAAAGAGCGUUUAUGGGUUACUGUAAGUUGCUGAAGGAAAACCUUUGUCUCGAGAAUUUUUUCAAAAAAUGAAAAAUUUUCUGCGUAGGCCUUCUACGGUUACUCAAUAGCUCGUUUGUGAAAAAUAGAGAUUUGCAGAUUACUGUAGAUUGGACACGUUUUCGCCAAAAGAAAAAAUGACUUAAAAAACCGACAAGUAAGCCUGCUAGGACGACAUGAUUGCUAGCCACAAAAAUGAGAAGAUUACUGUAGAUUUUUUCGUUUCAAGACCCUUUUUUUUUUGAAAACUUCACUACUUUUCUGAGUAGGCUCCGAUUGCUAGUUUGUCACAUAAAAUACAUAGGUUACUGUAAGUCGUUACAAUGCCUUGCUAGCUGGUCUAAAAAUUAAGAUUACUGUAGAUAGUCCCGGGAUCCUUUUUCUCAAAAAAAAAACGAUUCCAAAAUGAGAAAAAUUUGCUACUCAAGCCUGCCAGGACGACUUGAUUGCUAGUUUAUCACAAAAAUAAAGAGAUUACUGUAAAUCGUUCCAGGAUCCUUUUUCCUCAAAAAGAUGAUUCUAAAAAUUGAAAACUAUGCUACGUAGGUCUGCUAGGGCUUGAUUGCCAGCUUAUCAUUAAAUAUUCAUAUAUUACUGUAAAUCGUUCCAGGACCCUUUUUCUAGUAAAAAAAAAUUCAUAAAAAAAAACCAACUUGAGGCGUGAUCGGCGGAUCGAAGCCGAAAGUUGCGACACCGCGUGUCGUUGGCUGCAUCGCCGCCUACAAACGCGCCAACCCGACCAUGUUCGCCUGGGAGAUUCGCGAAAAGUUGCUACAGGUUAGGAAAAAGUUAAUUCUUAUAAAGAGGUAUUAAAAUUCUUCAAUCUCACCAAAGACAGAACACAAAAAAUUUUUGAAACCGAGUAUCCAAAAAAAUUUGAAGUCAGCUUCUCCGGGCAGUCUAAAAUUCAAAGACGAGAGUAAAAAUUUCUCUAAAUUUACAGGAACACGUCUGCGAUCCAGACAAUGUGCCGUCCGUUUCAUCGAUCAAUCGGAUCGUCAGAAAUAAGGUAAAAAUUUGUCGAUAAAAAUAUUUUAUGACAGUUUUUCUUCUGAAAAAAAUCUGAUUUUUCGGAAGAAUUGAGCUCAAAAAAAUUUGAAAAAGUUCAUCUGAAUGCAAUAUUUUUGCUGAACUUUUUUUGUCAUUCGAAAAAAAUUGUUAAAUUUUGCGCUUCUCCAUUGAGCUAAAAUUUAAUCUUCAACUAAUUUUUGACUGUAUUUCCGCACCUUUUUCUCGAAUUUAUGAGAAAUUUAUCUACUUGAAUGAUUUUUCCUCCAACAAUCCCAUUUUUCCAGGCUUUCAUGGCAUCGACAGCCUCGUUAGACCCGCCCUCACCUCCUCGAUCCUUACCGAACAAUUUCCCUACUGCUGCAGGUGAUUCUUAGUUGAUACUGUUUGAAAUUAUAAUUAUUUUGAAAAAAAUCUUAAAAUUUAAUAGUGAGUUUGAAAAGUUUGAUUUAAACUACCCCAAUACUCUCUGAGGUUCGCCAUCUUCUCAAAAAUCUACUUUUCGAGAUUUGAAUUUUUUUGAGUGCUUACAUUCAGUAUCAGCUCAAGGUUUCCAACCAAUAAAGAAAUUUUGGAGAAUCCUAAAUAUAAAUUUAAAAAUUCACACUUUCCGUCUUUAUGUGGAUUUUUAAUUCACACCUUGAAAUAUGUUUGAAUCAGUUCCUAGAACUUCCAAACUUCAAAGAAGCUUCUCCUCUCCUCAAGCCAAUAAUUAACAAACUAUCCAACUUUCUGCAGCCUACUCGAUCAACGAACUUCUGGGCUUCGAGCAAAAGCACAAGGAAUGGCUCCGCGAGCAUUCCAAAGAGUCUCAACAGCAGCAGGCUCAGCAGGGCCCUCCAGGAGUCCCGCUACCGCCCUCCUUACACCCUCCAGGGGUCUACGCCUGCGAUGAUUGGCUGCGCACGCCUCUUGGCACCUUGCCACAGGCUUACUGA